AUGACAGAUUGGGUGUGUGAGUACUGCAGCAGAGAAGGAAAGAAGAUGAAAAAUCAGCUGUACUGUGUUUGUCGGACUCCAUACGACUGCAAUCGUUUCUAUGUCGGAUGUGAUAGUUGCGACGGGUGGUUCCAUCCGGAAUGUGUUGGAACAACGCAGGAGUAUGCUUUGAAAGAAGCAGAAAAAGUAGCCGAGUACGUUUGUCCACAGUGUAUUCGGAACAAACAAGGAGAGGACGAGUUGAUACUUAGUCGUGCUGAUUUUGCGCUGCUUUGGCAGGUGCUUGAUAAUUUGAAGGAACAUCGCACCAGCUGGCCAUUUCGAGAACCUGUUGACGCCGAGGAGCAUCCUGAUUAUUACAAGAUUAUUAAAAAACCGAUGGGUUUGUUUUUGACUUAA